CUCCCGUAACCCUUCCCCCACACAAAGACUAAACAAAUCUGUAACCCACAAAAAAAAAAAUUAACACAUCUUUUCUCUCGCAUCGGCUUUCUCCUUCUCGAGAGGAUCUAAACCAACCGAAGAAGACGACGAAGAAAGAAAUUAAGAACAUCGGGAAAUGGAAGGGAGAGAAUACAACCCAAACAUGAACCCACAUGCCAACAGGACAGCCUUGGCGUCGGCGCACUCGCCGUGGCAUUCUCCGGUCCCGUACUUAUUCGGCGGCUUGGCGGCGAUGCUCGGUCUCAUCGCCUUUGCUCUCCUCAUCCUCGCUUGCUCCUACUGGAGACUCUCCGGUUACCUUGACGGCGGUUCCGGCGAAAAUUCCACCGGAGAGAGGGACCUCGAGGCCGGAAACGACGCCGAGGCGAAGAAAACUCCGGCGGAGAUGCCGGAAAAGUUUCUGGUGAUAAUGGCCGGUGACGUGAAACCCACGUAUCUGGCGACUCCGACGAGCAACAGUAACAGCACGAGUAGGUCUUCUUCGUUCAUGGAGACGGAAAAGAGUUGUACUUGCGACGAAGACGACGACGAAGAUGAAGAAGAAGAGAAGGAGGGGGAGGGUAGUGAUCAGGUGCGGCGGCUGAGCACCGGAGGCAACGGUGAGCCCACCUCUGUCCAAAGACACUGAAAACAGGCAGAGUUGCUUUAAGGAUCAGACUAAAAAAACAGAGCAUCAUCAUCGUCACGGGUUCAAAUAUCUUUGUGAACAGUUUACAUACUGUCUGCCCCGGUCCAUUCCGGGUCGGGUCGUCAUGACCCGAUCGGUAACAUCACGAGAAUCUUAUCUGGACGUCACGGCGACGGGAAUAUUUUCAAGUGGGUUUCGUCUAAUUGGAUUGUUAUCAGAAGGGUUUGAUUUAAUUAGACGUCAAUCUUAGAUUGUGUAGAAGAAAAAGCCUCUCUUUUUUUUUUUUUCUUUUGCAAGUUUCCAAUUUCGACAGUGUUAGGGCCACGACGGAAAGUCCGGCAAAUGUAAAUUUCCGAGAUUUGACCGGAAGACCCAUUUUGAUUAUAUCGCCGGAGAAGACGACCCAACAAAUCUAUCAAAUUCCUAUGUUUUUUUUUUUAAAAAAAUUUAUGUGGGGGUGGUUGAAUUGAUGAUGGUGAGGAAGGGCAGUUACGGGAGAGAGGCUUCUCAGGUGAAAAAUGGAAUGCGUGGGGGGGCUACAACGGCACGUGUGGAGGCACGUGCCAAAGACAGGCUGAUCGAGUUUCCCAUGCGGCGAGGAGAGGUUGCCCUUUAAAAUUAUUAUUUUGUAUGUACGCUCUUAUCGCUUUUAUUAUCCACAAAAUUAACAAAACUUGGAAAAGACGAGAGUA